AUGUCUGGCGAUACGACCGUCAACCCUAAAAGGGAUUCAAUGACUUUGGAGAUGAAAAAUACGAAAGGUCAGGAAAUCACUACUCAGGUAGCGACUACUCCCUUGGAAGAUAAAAUGAAGACAGAUGAAAUGGAUAUCGAAGGAGUAGUGCGUUUAAUUUUGUCGGUGGGCACUCAGAGUUUCGUUGGAUUUGUCAUUCAACGCAAAAUCACUCCAGAAGUUUCGUGGACCCGCAUUGCGAAAGAACUUUUAGAAAAUCAUAUCGCGUUGCACGGAGAAUCGUCGGAAUUCUUUGAAGCACAGGAACAUAUUAAGAAUUUUUCAGGUCCAGAGUUAAUGAUAGCAUGCAGUGCAACCUUGGAGACGGAAAAUCAGUUUUAUUUAUGCGUUACCGAAAGAGCUGAAAGGAUUCUGAAAGGAAUACUGAUGAGGAAGAAACUUCAACUAGAAAGAGAAUUGGAGAAUACAAUACACAAGAAAGCAAGAACUUGGAAGUCGUAUGGCAGUGAGAAAGACGUAGAUGAUGAAAUUGUGAAAGUUACAAGACCGCUGGUUGAAAAGGAAAUAGCCAUAUCCAUAUCCAGUGAAAAGAUGCAAAUUCUCUUUCAAGAUGACGAUCCCGCAAUGCUUAAUAAUGGAUACGUAGAAUGUGCUCGCAGAAGUGACAUUAUCAAUGUCCAGAGGAAGCGAUAUUCUCAAGGGGUUCAAGCAUGCCCUUCAGUUAUAUCUACGACAGCUCAGACAAACCCUGGUUUUCCCACCAAUGUAUGGACUCAGUAUGUAUAUGAGCCACAAAUUAGUUCAGAUGUUUUAAAUGCUGAACUAGCCAAGAAUAUAACAUCUUUUCAAAAUUUAUACGAAAAUGACUAUCCGGAAUUGAUCGCCAAUGAAAAAGAUACUCAGUUACCAGAAACUAUCAUGUAUGAAGAGUAUGAGACGUUCAUUGAUAUAAAAAAAUGCGCUGGUAAAAUGAUAUCAUGCGCUGUAUGGCACCCGACUUUAUCAGGUGUUGUGGCUAUUGCUUACGUCCGACAACCUCAAUUUUUGUACAGUCGCAAUAAAUACGAAACAAAUGGAAAUGAAGAGCAGAUCGAUAAAGUUUUGGAAGAUGUGUUCGAUGAGAACUUCGUCUUAAUUUGGUCUGUCACAGAUAAAUUUUCCCCAAAG